AUGCCCGUGCCUGAGUCUCCGACCCUCGGGUCUACAAAAGCCAAGCUCGGGAUUCCUGUGCCUAUGCCUGCGCCUGUGCCUAGAUCCCCCGCACUCGAGCUCGAGUCCAUUGAGGCUGGGCCCAAGUCCUUGGAGCCUACUUUUACUUUUCCAGGUGCUUCAAUUUCCAAGACUACCACCAAUGACAGCUCUGCCCAAUCAUCUCCGAAAAUCGAGUUCCCAGUCGAGUGCGCGAAUGCAACCGUGAAGCAAACAUGCCCCUUGGAUUAUCCCUUGAAACACGAGACUAAGAACAUACAAGCCGAGGUAUGUCCCGAGUACUUCCGGUGGAUCCAUGAGGAUCUCCAGCCUUGGAAGGCCACAGGAAUCACGAGGGAGAUGUUGGAGAGCAUCAAGAGUACUGCACAUUUUAGGAUAGUGGUUCACAAGGGGAAAGUCUAUCUGGACAAGUUCAGGCCUGCAUACCAAACGAGAGAAGAGUUCACAUUCUGGGGGAUAGUGCAGCUCCUGAGGUUGUAUCCCGGCAAGUUGCCAGAUUUGGAAUUGAUGUUCCAAUGCGAAGACCAACCGGCAAUCAAGAAGAACGAUUACAAGGGCUCGAAAGCCACCAAGAUUCCACCACUAUUUCAUUAUUGUGGACACCACACGGCGUUCGACAUUCCGUUCCCUGAUUGGUCCUUCUGGGGUUGGCCUGAAGUGAACGUAAAGCCAUGGGAAAGCACAUUAUCAGCCGUAAAAGAGAAGGCAGAGAUGAUCCCAUGGAAGGAUAGAGAGCCCUAUGCUUAUUGGAAAGGCAACCCUACUACGUCUCGAAGCAGGGGUGAGCUCCUCAAGUGCAAUGACAGCAAAAAAAUCGAUUGGAAAGCUCGCUUGUAUGACCAGGAUUGGGGUCACGAAAUGGCCGAAGGAUUUAAGCAUUCAAAUCUAGAAGAUCAAUGCACUCAUAGGUAUAAUAUCUACAUUGAAGGAAUCGCUUGGUCGGUCAGUCAGAAGUACGUUCUGGCAUGCGACGCCAUGACUUUGCUGGUAACGCCGGAGUACUAUGAUAUCUUCUCAAGAGGACUGAUCCCCAUGGACCAUUACUGGCCCAUUAGGCCCCACAAGAAGUGUAGAGAUAUCAAGUUUGCGGUGGAAUGGGGAAACGAACACCCUACGCAGGCACAGAGCAUCGGAGAGAACGGAAGCAGAUUUGUCGCCGAGAGCGUGAAAAUGAAGUACGUAUACGACUACAUGUUCCACUUACUCAGCGAGUACUCGAAGCUUCUGAAGUUCAAGACGAAGGUGCCUCCGGGGGCAGUCGAGUUGUGUUCCGAAGUGAUGGCGUGCCCGUUCGGUGGCUCGAUCAGGAAGUUCAUGGACGAGUCCAUGGUGAUGUCCCCUAGCGAUGCACUUCCAUGCUCAUUGCCACCUCCUUAUGAACCUCUUGAACUCAAAGCGCUCCUCAAAAGAAAAGAGAAUGUGACUAGACAAGUGGAGAUGGAGGAGGCCCAACACUGGAAAGAUUUCGAGAAACGCUCAUCCUAUUGGUGGUCUUGGAUAUAUCAUCUUUGUUGUAGCUAGCAAUAUCACCCAGAU